CAAAAAUUUGCCUAUGAUUACUUGGUUGGUGGUGGUUUGGAACAAUAUGAUCGCCCAUCUAAUUGCAAAAAGAUCAGUUCGGAUAUGGAUCUGGUAGAUGAAUUCUUAAAGUAUCGGUCGGAUGCCGUGAAAGAGGCAAAGGAGCUCGAAUUGUUAUCAAUAGUUGAUAGAUUGGCACUUAACUUUAUCUACUACAUUACACCAUCGUCAGCGAUUGGAAAUAAAAUGGAUCCAUUUGUCUGGUCUACUAUGGUCAAAAGUGUCAAAGCUGAGCAUCGUAUAGACGAUAUUAGUAAUAAAUAUGUUUUAUGGAUGAUGAAGAUUAGUCAGGCUGCCAGAAGAAAUAUUGAUGAAGCAAAGACAUUGGUCAGAAAAUGGGCAGUAGAAGAUGAUUCAGAAGAAACCACACUGUAUCAGGACAUCUUAUGUGACAUGUUCAAAUCGUAUUCCGAUGUAUAUGAUCCAUCAAAAUUUAAUGAAGACACGUUUGUCAAAGAUACCCUCACACCCAUCCUUAAGAAUUACUUUCCAAAUGACCAAUUGAUAAGUACAGAAGGCACAAAUGGCGAAAUCAUUGGAUCGAAAGAAAGAAAGAAAGUAUUUGGUUCCGAAUCAGGUGGAAAACAAGGAGAUUUUAUUGUUUAUACGUGUAAUGGAGCCAAAAGCCAACUACUUUGCUUAAUGGAAUGUAAACCUCCACGAGCAGGAAAUAGCGACGAUCUGUUCAAGGCAGCAAACUGUCUAAAAGAUUGUAUAGAAAAGUCUGUUAGAGAUGGUGUUGAUUGCAAUGACUUCGAAUUAUAUGCUAUUGUAUCUGAAGGAUACCGUUGUCGUGUUCUUUGUCUAGAUUUAAAGUAUCAUGGAAUGUACAGAUUGGUAGAUGUGGGCACGUUUCAUAUUCCUACAAGUAUUAACAACAUGGACACUAUGCUCGGUGUAUUUCAAGUAAUGAAUCAUGUACGAAUAAUGGUUUUAGAAGCUACAAGAUUAUGUAAAAAAAGCAUCAGAAUUAAAGAAAACAACAGCCAAGACAUGACACUUCCUUCGUUCGAUUCGCUGGUUCGCAUUUUGGAAUAUAAUGUAUAUCGAGAUUGA